AUGCCCGUUCUCAUAACCGGUGCAUCUGGGUCUCAAGAACAGGCAGAGGCAGUAAAGGAAUAUGACGUACUUCCUUUCACUCUCGAUUUGCGGGACGAGAAAAGUGUUACGAAGAAUAUUGUAGAUGCGCAGAUCUUCGUCGUCUAUUUUCUUGUAGACGCUGUGAAUUGCGAUAUGCAGAUACCUCUAAUUAAAGCUCUCGGGGAUGUCAAGAAGCAGACCGGACGGGAAGUGCACUUUCUGCACACCACCGGCGCAAAGAUGUUUAGCGAGCAUGCAGGAAUGCCCACGGAUAGGAGACUUGUUGACACUGAUCCGGCACUGUACGACCUCCAGAAAAGCUCCAAGUCUCCACACGAGCUUUUCACCAAAGCAGCGAACACGAACAUCACGGUCAUCGAAACGGCCGAGAAAUACGGUGUUCGCAGCUACAUUUUUGUUCCAUGUAUCGUGUAUGGCGAAGGUAAAGGCUUUGGGAACAAAAUCUCGAUCCAAACUGUUGCAGUGGUCACAGCUGCGAAGGGUUCUGGCACCGUCUAUGAUGUCAACCCGGAAGACCGGACUUGGCCAGUAUGCCAUAUUGACGAUAACACAAAGCUUUAUGUAAAACUGCUAAAGAGUAUUCUGAGUGGCGAGAAUUCAGAGUAUGGCAAGGACGGGUACUAUCUCGCUUCGUCUGGCAGUAUGGCGUGGUACGACAUAUACGCCGCCAUGGCAAAAGCACUUGCGAAGCAUGCGGUGAUCAGUAGCCCUGAUGUUGAGAGAGCGGAUGAUGCCGCGCUUGACAAGAUGGCGCAGGCUUUGGGCUGUCCUAAGGAUAUGGUCGCAGUGCAGCUGGGUGGAAAAUGCACAUUCGAAGCAAAAAGGGCCUAUAGUUUGGGCUGGAGGCCGGAUCAUGCGCCGGAGCAUAUCGUCGAAGUGGCAGAUGCCGAGGUCGAGCUUAUCUUAAACCAUAUAGGAAUGACCACUGGCAAAAUUGCUAAGAGAUAG